GUGGUCGGCCAUGGUCCGGCACGUGGCGGCGCUCGGGUCGCCCAACACGCUCAAUGUGGUCGCCUUCUCGGGCGGCGUCGACUCGUCCGUCGUCGCUGCGCUCGUUCGCGAGGCGUUUCCUACCAACAGCGUUGCCUGCCUCGGCGUCUCGGCCGCGUUGCCGUCCGAGCAGCUGGCCCUCGCACGCAAGGUGGCCACCGACAUUGGCAUUCCGCUGUGGGAGACACCAACGACCGAAGGCGCCGACCCGCUCUACAUUGAAAACAAAGGCCAGAGCUGCUACUACUGCAAGACCAACCUUUAUACGACGCUCAACGACGUUGCGACCCAUGUGCACACGACGCAGCGUAGCAGUGGCCAACCGCGCCUUUUCAACGGCACAAAUGCAGACGACAAGCUCGAUCCGACACGACUCGGCCUCGUCGCCGCCUCCAAGUUUCAAGUCGUGAGCCCGCUCCAAGACCUUACGAAGAGCGACGUCCGCGCGCUCGCGAACGAACGAGGUUUGCUGAAUUGGGACUUUGCAGCAUCGCCGUGUCUUCGGUCGCGCCUUGCGUUUGGCGUCACCGCCUCUUCGGACCACCUCCAGCGUGUCGAGGCCGCCGAGGCUUUUGUCCGAUCGUUCUUGCGACUCGCGCCGCAAGAGAACCUCCGCGUGCGCUUUCUACCGCUGAACCACGCGGCCAUUGAGCUGGAUGCGGCGCGCCACUUGGCCCUGUCAGCGACCGAGACGGCGAUCCUCGCUGCCAAAUGCGUCGACCUCGGCUUUACGCAGACACACGUACGUGCGUUCCGAAGCGGUAGCGUGUCGGGCUUUGCCGCCAACGUCCAAGUGACCAGCUCAACGAACAAGGCAGUACACAUGAACCAACUCCCACAGAUUUAG